AUGGAUCAGCUAGCCCAGCGGGUGGAGGGUUUGACUCUACCUGGUCUGGCGCAGAAGUACCCUUCUGCUCAUCCUGAAAUCAACCCUCUUGAUCUGUAUAGGGCACAUCUGAGCGAUGUCCUGUCCGAUAUUUCAGGUGUCGAAACAUCUAUCAUUUAUUCUGUUGUGAUGUGGACGCAGAGCCUGGACAAGGGCGACUUCAUGGUUGCAGUUCCGGCCCUUCGAAUCAAAGGCAAGAAGGCCGACGUUUUGGCCCAGGAAUGGGCUGAAAAGUUCCCAGACGAUGACCCUCUCUUCAAAAAGCCCGAGCUCAGUGGGCACUUUAUGUCUUUCUUCUUCAAAGGAGAGCCCAUGAUGCAGUCAAUUAUCCCUCUCGUCAGAAAAGCUGGCAAAGAGUUCGGUAAAAAUCGAUUCAAUGGCCUUCGGGAUCCGAAAGACCCAGGAUCCGGCAAGAAACGUAUUAUUGUCGAGUUCAGCUCCCCCAAUGUCGCGAAGCCCUUCCAUGCUGGUCAUCUCCGUUCCACCAUUAUUGGCAGUUUCAUUGCCAAUCUGUACGAGGCGAACGGUUGGGACGUCGUUAGGAUGAAUUACCUUGGAGACUGGGGGAAGCAAUAUGGACUGCUGGCCUUGGCGUACGAACGAAAUGGAAAUGAAGAAGAACUCAGGAAGAACCCCAUCGACCACCUCUUUAAACUUUAUGUUCAGAUAAAUGCAGAGAUGAGUGCCGAGAAAGAGGCCAUCGAAGAACAGAAGAAAGAGGGCAAAGAUGUCAGUGCCUUGGAAGCCAACAGCCUGGAUGAACAGGCCCGCCAAUACUUCAGGCGCAUGACCGAUAGGGACGGGGCAGUUCUGGCUCAGUGGCAGCGAUUUAGGGAUCUCAGUAUCGCUCGUUAUAGAGAAACAUACUCCCGGCUCAAUAUCCAAUUCGAUGAGUUCAGCGGUGAGAGUCAGGUAUCUGAAGAGUCAAUGUCCAAAGUGGCCGAUGAGAUGAAGGAGAAAAAUAUUUGUCGAGAAGACAACGGUGCCGUCAUUGUUGACUUCACCCAACUCGUCCCGGGCAAGGAGGGAAAGAGACUGGGAUCUACUGUUCUCCGAAAACGAGACGGCACUGCGCUCUAUCUGACUCGUGAUGUUUGCGAACUUCUUGGCCGCUAUGAAAAGUACAAAUUUGACCACAUGAUUUACGUGGUUGCUAGCCAGCAGGACCUCCACCUGAAGCAGCUUUUCCAGAUAAUCGAGCUUCUUGGAUAUAGCGACAUUGCCAAGAAGUGCCAGCAUAUCAAUUUUGGACUGGUCCUUGGCAUGAGCACUCGAAAGGGAACCGUUAAGUUUCUCGAUGAUAUCCUCAAGGACUGUGCGGACCACAUGCACGAGACUAUGAAGAAGAAUGAGGAGAAAUAUGCUCAAGUUGUGAACCCAGAUGCCACAGCCGACACGCUCGGCAUCAGCAGUGUAAUGGUUCAGGAUAUGACUGGCAAAAGAAUCAACAAUUACACUUUCAACAUGGAGGCCAUGACGUCCUUUGAGGGAGAUACCGGUCCAUAUCUUCAGUAUGCACAUGCCCGAUUGUGCUCCAUUAGGCGCCGAGCAAACCUCACGGAUGAGGACUUGGACAGCGCCGACUUGUCUCUUCUGAAGGAGGACCAUGCUGUCAACGUCGUGCGAAUGCUGUCGCAAUGGCCCGAUGUUUUACAAAACACACUCAAGACAUUGGAACCAACAACAGUUCUCACCUAUCUCUUCAAGAUGACCCACGUUAUCAGCAGCAGCUACGAGCACUUGCAGGUGGUUGGUAGCGAACGAGAGCUUAUGAAGGCUCGUAUGGCUUUAUACGAUGGAGCCCGUACUACGUUGGCCAAUGGCAUGCGCAUCCUUGGUUUGACGCCACUCGAGAGGUAA